AUGUGGGAACUUUUUUUUCACCCGAAUCUCGUUCGCCAAAAAGGCAGCCAAAAAGGGGUGAGUUUCGCGAGGUAUCCUUUGCGCCUUUUGCGGCUUCAGUUUGCUUUCGUCAUCGGCCUGGUCUGCACAGUGCAGGCCCUUGGCCGCGGCGAGCUUUCAAAGUAUUUCCGCGGCCCAUACCUAAGAGGCCAAGUCUACCAAGGCUCGCUGUACUCGAGUGGCAACGACAACGGGCUGCUGACGUUCGACUACAGAGCGCCGGACGGCCCUGGUCGACGGGACCUUCGUGUGCUGUAUCAUUAUACAAACGAGCUGGCCUUCCACAAUGUGGCCGACAUGGAAAAGACCACUGCCGAGCUUUUUGCAUCGCUGGUGGACUCCAGGGCCCACUUCGGGAAGGGCGUCUACUGUACUCAGCAUGAACCAGCUGUAUGGGGCUCCCGCACUCGCAUUUUGCUCAACAACUACAGCAAUUUGAGCCCUUUGCGCGCGACAGGGGACACGGAGUCGCAGCGGGUGGAGAAAGAAUGGGGCGCAGGCAACACCGGAGGCCAUCGCGCAGCCUUCUGUAUUCCGAUUGUGGUGUCCACGGAGCUUGCGUACAACAUCUUUGAAAAGCAGGCGUGCCGAGGCAUGCAGUCAGUCCUUCUUGCCAUGUUGUUGCUUUCUGUUUGA